AUGGCUUCCAGCGAGGCUCCCGCUGAUGCCGUGCCCGUGGACUACCCGGCGGACAUGGUCGAGAAGAAUGACGGCGGUCACGAUGACCAUGAGCAGGCUGCCCGCCUCGAGGCUAUGAGCCUCGUUGUCGGCGGUGCCAAGAAUGCGACGCAGAGGGAGCAGAGUAUGACCCUGAUGCAGGGCGUGCGCCUGUACCCCAAGGCCAUUGCCUGGAGCGUGCUCAUCUCAACCUGCAUUGUCAUGGAAGGCUACGACGUCUGCUUGAUCAAUAAUUUUUACGCCUUCCCGCAGUUUAAGAAGAAGUACGGCGAGCAACUUCCGAACGGAGACUGGGAGGUGUCUGCCCCGUGGCAGGCCGGCCUUUCUAAUGGCGCCAACGUCGGGGAGCUCAUCGGCCUGCUCAUCAACGGCUGGGUGUCGGAGCGCUUUGGGUACCGGUACACUCUCAUGGUCUCGCUGACGCUCAUCAUCGCAUGGACGGCUCUGUUUUUCACGGCGCAGAAUGUCCAGACGCUCUUGGCGGCUGAAAUUCUGUGCGGAAUUCCGUGGGGAAUCUUCCAGACCCUCACCAUCACGUAUGCCUCUGAAGUCUGCCCCGUCGCCAUGCGCGGCUACCUGACCACCUAUGUCAACUUUUGCUGGGGGGUGGGGCAGGAAAUCGGUAUCGGCGUCAUCAUGUCCAUGCUGAAGCGGGACGACGAGUGGUCUUACAGGAUUCCCUAUGCCCUACAGUGGAUGUGGCCGGUUCCGCUCAUGAUCGGCAUCUACUUGGCUCCAGAGUCCCCAUGGUGGCUUGUCCGCAACGGGAAACUCGACGAGGCCAAGAGGUCUCUGCUGCGGCUGACAAGCACGGAACGCGAGACGGGCUUCGACGCCGACGAGACCGUGGCCAUGAUGGUGCACACUACGGCGCUGGAAGCAAAGACCACAAGCGGCGCCACGUACUGGGACUGCUUCAAGGGGCCUGACCUGAGGCGGACCGAGAUCGUCUGCAUGAUCUGGGCCAUCCAGAAUCUCAGCGGCAACUCAUUCUCCAACUACUCGACCUAUUUUCUCACACAGGCCGGACUGGACUCGACCAGCGCAUACGGCUUCGCACUCGGCCAGUACGGAAUUAACAUGGUCGGCGUGUUUGGUGCCUGGUUUUUGAUGAGCCGAGGCAUCGGCCGACGCUCGCUCUACCUCUACGGGCUUUGCGGGCUUUGCUGCAUGCUCUUCGUGCUCGGCUUCCUCGGCCUCAUACCCGAGGAACACAGGCGGGAGGGGUCUAUCGCUACGGGCAGCAUCAUGUUGGGCUGGGCCCUGACGUACCAGCUGACGGUUGGAACGGUCUGCUACUCGUUGGUCAGCGAGAUCUCGACACGGAGACUGCAGAUAAAGACUGUCGCUCUCGGUCGUGUCCUCUAUAUUAUCGUGGGCAUUGUAUGCAGCGUCCUGACUCCCUAUAUGCUCAACCCCGGAGCGUGGGACUGGGCCAACUUCGCAGGGUUUUUCUGGGGCGGCAUCUGCUUUCUGUGUAUAAUCUACACGUACUUCCGGGUGCCGGAGCCGUCCGGGCGUUCAUUCGCCGAGAUGGACCUCCUUUUUGAGCGCGGGGUUAGCGCCCGCAAAUUUGCCGAGACCGAAGUCGACGUCUUCAGCGAAACGGUCGACAGCGACAUUGUGGACAACUACCACAUGGGCAGGAGUUCCUCACGCGCCGAGAAGGUAAAGGCUCCAUAG